AAAAAAGAAAAUGACAGUUCUAAUUUCUGCUUCUUUAUUUUUUUAAUUCUCUUUCAGAAUGAUUUAUUAACGAUUUUCUAUGGAAUGAUUCGUUUAAAAAUUGAUUUUUAUGUACAUGUUAACGGUCCAUUUUAAUUCAAAACUUGACAACGGAAAUGGCGGAGGCAGAUUCCGAAAGUACCGGUAGCGAAAAGCUUAUAAACAGCAUCCGUAAAGUGAAUCAGAUAGUAGUAAAAUGCAGUGAAGAGAAGCUGUUCUCAGGACCAAUAAUUAAAGAUAGUACGCCAAGCUCGAACACUGGAGAAUGGCUUAAAGAAGAGAAGCUACUUUGUGCAUUAAAAACUUCAUUAGACAAGUUUGAAUUUGACAAAAAGUACCUAAUGCUCAGGUCACCAGAUUUUCACCAAAGCUUAGGAAUAUCUGUGGUUCAAAAACUGGAGGAAGAAAAAGCUUUACUGGAAAACAAAAUAGAAAAAAUACAAGAAGAGCAAACCUCAUUAGAAAAUAAUAUUCUGACAAAACUUGAUUCGUGUGUCGCUUAUUUUGACAAUAGCGAAAGUGAAAUAAGUGACGUUUUAAUUUAAUACUUCAAGGUUUUUUAUGUUUUUUUGUAUGUAGCUUUUAAUGUAACGAUAUUUUUAUUAACUUAUUAUUUUAACUAAUAAAUUUUAACUAAUAUAU